AUGGGCCUCUCUCUAUCUACACCUCAAAAGUUUGUAUACCGCAAGCUUAAAGACUUUAUUUUGGAAAAUGGACACCCCUUAGACAAAAAAUCCGCAAAAACCUUUGCUAAAUGGUUUGAAAACAGAGGGGAAGCAGUCUCCGACAGCAUGUCUCUAAAAGACUGGGAGAAAAUUGGGUACAAUAUCUGGAGAGCGAAAGAGAGGGGAGACAAAACUGCUACUGAGGCAUUAAUUGCCUCGAGAUUGAUUCUGAUGAUGCUACAGCAUCAGUUGAUGAGUUCCAAUGAAAAUCUCCAAGAAUCACCACGAAAAUAUAAAAAUUCCAAUUCAAAAUCCCCGACAAAGGACAAGCCCCGGAAAGACGAGCACGGCGGGAGGGAAAAAAGCGGCGCGGGGAACACGCGGUCUUGGCAACAUGGCGACGGGGGGGGGGGUGAAGGGCGCUUGCACGGGCACGGGGCCGAAGCAUGUGGGGGGAGAUCGCGGGAACGCACGCCGCGUGGCAACACGGUGCACAAACUUUUCACGCGCGCUCUGUUGGUCCCGCCCCCUAGCCCGCCCACGCAGACUCCGUCGGCACCACCCCCCAGCCCGCCUUCGCGCCCGUCCCCCUACGCCCCUGGCACGACCACGGACCCUCCCACCAGAACACCCUCUCCCUCCAGCGCUGCCUCUACCCCCACAUCAUCACCCUCCCGGGGUAGACGGAAACUAAGGAGCAGGGUCAGAGCCUCUUCUGACGGUAACAUCCAGAAAGAUGGCCACGCCCAUGAAGCCUUUGUUACCGAGGCUCCCGGCAGUUGCAGGAUGCCAAAGGUCUCUCUUCCAUGCAAGGAUAUUUGGAAAGCUUUCCGGACAGAAGCCUCACAGGCUAACGACGCCGAGUUUUUAAAAGCUUUUCCAAUUUACCUAGAGGAAGGUCGUGCCCCCGAGUGGCGUCCGGUGUCUUAUACUAUGUUAAAGGACAUCAAAAAAGCGAUUGUAGAGUACGGUUUAGGCUCACCCUAUACCGUUGGACUUUUUGAAUCGUUUUUUCUCGCCUGCCGUUUAAUACCUUAUGAUAUCAAAGCGGUAAUUAAUGGACUGUUAUCGACUGUGCAGGCAUCCGUUUUUGAAGAGGAAUGGAAACGUCUUAUAGUUAAAUAUGUCAAUGAAAAGAUGGAGAGGCGUGGUAUUCCUGUAAAAAAUGCUAUUGAUAUGCUGUAUGGAGAAGGCAACUAUGCGAGCCGACAAGACCAGGCUCGUGUGGAUUUAAAAUACCUGGAUAUUACAAAAGAUCUGGCAAUGGAAGCCUUUAAAAAGGUUGCUGAUGCAUAUGUCCAAACACCCUCCUUCACCCUAAUUCAUCAGGGCUCAACAGAACCUUUUGUGGACUUUACAACCCGGCUAAGGGAAGCUAUAGCACGGCAAGUCAAGCAAAAGGAAAACCAAGACAUUUUGUUUAAUAAACUUGUGAGUGAAAAGGCUAAUGAGGAUUUCCAACAAGCCUUAAAAAUGCUAAAAGAUCCUACACUCCUGGAGAUGAUAGAAGCUUGUAAGAAUGUGGGGUCUAAUCUCAUAAAGCAAGACUAA